AUGUUUUUAGCAAUGUAUUGCUUCUUCACGGGGAAAAUCGAGCUGAAUAAAGGGCUAAGAGCUGUAUACAAACUAAUGCCACUGAUGUGGACACCUGGAUACUUGAGUAGAGCCUUGCAAGUGAUGGAGAAUGUAGCUUCCUUACCAGGGGACAGCAAAAUCUGCAAAGAAACUAUUGAUAUUGUGGAGACCAUCUUGCAGUCUGCCCUUGAAGCAAAACCUGAUCCAGAACCAACAGAAGCUGAGAAGGCAGAGCAGAAGCCACAGUGGGAAGAGUCAGAAGAAACUGAGCAGUCUAAAAUACCUGAUUACUACAACCGAUUCAAGGAGCUGUACUCUAAGCUGCAUUCAUUUGGCAAGGUUGAAUCUGAAAGCCUAACCCUGACCACCCAAAUUGUCAAGGAAAAGCUGCCAGCAUGUGAAGUGGAAGACAUUGCAAAAUAUGAGCAGAAGCUAAAGGAUUGGAAGCAAGAACUCCUUACAGAGAGAGAGAGACAGACAGACAGAGAGAAGGCUAAGCAGGAGCUGGAAGCCAGAAGCAGAUGCUUUAGCCAGGUUUAA